AUGGCGAAGAAGAAGAAUCCGCAGGUUUAUGUGGAUGUAUCCAUUGAUGGAGAUCCAGCUGAGACUAUGGUUUUUGAGCUUUACCCUGAAGUCGCUCCCAACACAGCAGAGAACUUCCGUGCACUAUGCACAGGGGAGAAAGGUAUCGGGCCCAAAAGUGGAAAACCUUUGCAUUACAAAGGAUCCUUUUUCCAUAGAAUACUGAAAGGUUCCUCAGCACAGGCUGGCGACUUUGUGAAUCGAGAUGGUACUGCUGGGGAAAGCAUAUACGCCGGAAAAUUUCCAGGUCGGAAGUCCAUCCUGGAUGAGUCACCGAAACUAAGGCACGAGGAGCCUGGUCUUUUAUCAAUGGCUGUGGCUGAACGUGACAAGUUGGGAUCACACUUUCACAUUACCUUCAGGCCAAAUCAGCAGCUUGAUAGAAAAAAUGUUGUUUUCGGAAAGCUUAUUCAAGGGAAAGAGAUAUUAAAAAAAAUUGAACGUGUGGGUGAUGAGGAUGGUAAACCUACUGUCAGUGUGAAGAUAAUCCGUUGUGGAGAAUAUUUUGGAGACAAGAAGAAAAGUGGCAUUGAUGAUGGUCGAAAAAGGCGAAAGCACAAGAAAUCUUCAAGAGAGAGAAGGAAGAAGAAGCGAAGACACUCUUCAUCUGAGUCUGAAAGCUCUUCGGAUUCUGAGACGGAUUCCUCGGAAUCUGAUAGUGAGUCAGAUUCAGAUUUGUCUUCAUCUUCUGACCUUAGUUUCUCGAGCCAUGAAAGGCGGAAGAAGAGAAAAAGAAGUUCAAAGAAAGAUAAGCACAAGCGGUCUAAACGGAGAGAUAAGCGCCGGGAGAAAAAGCGGAGGAUACAUGAUAAGAAACCAAAACGCAAAUCAAAAAGGUCCCCAGACAGUCUUACAGGUGAAGAAAGCAACAGUGGAAGUGAAGCUAGUUUUAGUGAUGCCAGUGUUGAUAUUGGAGCAAAAAAGAGGAAACCCAGAGUCUCUAAUAGAACAGGCAAUUCUUCACUAGAGGUGGAAAAAGAAGCCGAAUCACUUCACCAGGACAAAAGGGAGGGACCACAUAUAUUUGACAAGGAUGAUGGUGCAUCAGAACAUAUUUCUGAUAGGCAACCUGAUAUUGUUGAUGAUCAUCCUGGCAAAUCUAGCAGCCGGAGCUUGAGUCCUAAGAGGAAAGCGAGUAAGAGCACGAGUAUCAGUCCUCGGAGGAGUCAGAGUAAGAGCCCAAGCUUAAGUCCUAGAUGGAAUGUGGGCAGAAGUCCUGCCAAAGGUAACUGCCAAGUGAAGAACUUGACAAAUAGUCGAAGCGUAAGCCCAGCUAGCAAGGAGAAAGGCAGGCAUAUUAGGAGGAGCCCUACCAAAAGUGUUAGUAGAAGUCCAGUGCGGAUGAAUAGGGGAAGAGAUAUUAGUAGAAGUCCUUCAAGGAGUGUAAGCAAAAGUCCAUUGAGGAGCCCUAUCAAAAGUGUUACUAGAAGUCCAGUGUGGAUGAAAAGNGGAAGAGAUAUUAGUAAAAGUCCUUCAAGGANUGUAAGCAGAAGUCCANUGAGGAGCCCUAAAAGGGGUAUUAGCAGAAGUCCAGUGAGAAGUAGUAAUGCCAGCAGCCUUAGCAGGAGCCCUGUGAGAUCUGCUUCUCGAGGAAGCCUUGGGAGGGGCCCACUUAGAAGAUCAUCAAGAAGAUCACCUAGCAGAACUCCAGCUCGAUCUUCUAGAAGAAGCCUGAGCCAGGGUCCCAUUCGAUUAUCUAAAAGGAGUCGGAGUCCCAUUCGAUUAUCUAGAAGAAGCCUGAGCCGGAGUCCCAUUCGAUCACCUAGGAGAUCAAGGAGCAGGAGUCCGAUUCGAUCAUCUAGGAAGAGUGUGAGCAGGAGUCCCGUUCGAUCAUCUAGGAAGAGUGUGAGCAGGAGUCCCGUUCGAUCAUCUAGGAGAAGUUACAGCAGGAGUCCUCCUGUUAGAGGAAGAAUAAGAAUAAGUAGAAGUCCAAUUCAGUUGAGGAGAAGGAGUCCCCGGCUUAGGUCUCCUCCUAAUCGUAGAAGAAGUUGGUCAAGAAGUGCUUCUCCUGCUGGGCGCAUCAGGAGAGGAAGAGGAUUUAGCCAGAGAUACUCAUACGCUCGUAGAUACAGAACCACUCCAUCUCCUGAUCGAUCUCCUUACCGCUUUAGUGAAAGAAGUGACCGUGACAGCUUUCGAAGUCACAGAAGGUACUCGCCAAGACGGUUUAGGAGCCCACUAAGAGGAAGAACACCUCCAAGAUACAGAAGAAGGAGCCCUAUCCGUUAUCGCAGCAGGCGAUACAGCCGCAGCCCUAUCCGAAGCCGUUCACCUUACACAAAGAGAAGGUCACCAUCCGCUAGCCACAGUCCGAGCCCAUCAAGAUCAAGGUCAUAUUCAAAAUCUCCCAUUGGUACCAGGAAAGCAAGAUCACCAUCGAAAUCAAGAUCAGUGUCGAGAUCACCAUCGAAAUCAAGAUCAGUGUCGAGGUCACCAUCAAAGGCCAGGUCUCCAUCAAAGUCUAGUUCGUCAUCCUCGGGUAGUAGCUCAGGCGGGAAGAAGNGAUUAGUAGCCUAUGAUUAA